AGGAGCCGAUUCACAACAACACGGCGCACGAGCUGACAGGAAGUCAUCCUGGGACUGAAAAAGGGAGACAAUUUAAUCCGACAAAAUGAAAAAGUUUUGGGACAAGAUACCGAAAAGGGUGCAAAGAAUGGACAGCACCAAGCCUUUAAUGGAGAACAACAACGACUAUGACUGUCCUGUGUCUGAGACAGGACAGCUCUCACAGGAGCUCCGUUCAAUGUGCUCUGAUGACACUUCAGACAGAGAGCAGACUUCCUCCCAUCACACUGAGAGAAGCGGUGAUCAGAGAUCCGAGCCCCUGAGCUUCCCAGAAGUUCCAACAGACCUGGGAAAACAUCUGGAUCAGCAUCUGGAAGAUGUAGAUGAAAUAGUCAAAAAUAAUCACGCCACAGAUGACUUCCUCUGUGAGAUACUUCCUCACAUCGAUGCUCUGCUCCAGAACAUCAGCACCAGCAAAAGCUGGGUAAUCCUGACAAACUGGGUCUCACAGAGGAAGGAUCAACUUGAUCACUCUGACCUUGGUCUGCUGGAUGAAUGGGAAUCAAAAGCAGAGGAGAAACUGCUGGAGAUGGUAAAGGUGGAAUUCAGAGAUUCCCUGGGAAAAAUCCUGGAUGCUGAUCGAACACAAAUGGAUCGCAGUGAGGAGGCCUACACUCAGCUUUAUGUGGACGUUAUUCAGUGUGCUAAUGCAAUGCCCAAAUUGGUACAGGAGAAAAGAUUGCUGAGUAAUGAGGUGAAGAAGGUUUGCUUCCAAGAGCUGCAGAGUUUUGUGAAAAGGUACAACUCAGUGCAAGGGGAGAUACUCCAUAAGAAAGCUGAAGCAUGGAGGGAAAACCCAGAAACCAUACACUUCCUGAAGACUCUGAAAACGUGUAAAGAACUAAGGCAGCACAUCCAGGCUGAAGGAAACGUUAAAGCUGGCUCUGUUGACGAAACCAAGAAAACGCUUGAAAAGCUGGAGGCUCUAACUCUGGAGCUCAUAAAGAAAAUUGCAACUGAACUUGCUGAGAGCUGCCUACAGGAUUACUUCAGAUCGGCCAGCAGGCCACGUGGGAAGGUUUUACUCUGCCGGCCUGGUGAAAGACACUGUGAGCUGUUUGACUCUCUGAGGAACCAUUUUCCCAAGAUGCCUUAUGCUUUGGAUGAACAAGAGAUCGUGAUGAAUGAGGUUUAUAAGGUCGUUGCUCACUGUUACUUCAAACAUCUCCUCCAAAAUCGUCAGUCAGUACUGAAAAAGCAAUGGAGUUCAGAUGUUGGUAAAGCGAUCCAGGAGGAUGCCGAUGAGCUUCACGCCACCAUCUCAGAUCUGGCUCCUGGUGUCCAGCAGUGGAAUCGCCUGCUACUGGUGAUCCAAGAGGUGUCAGACUGCAAAGACCUCGACUCAGUCAAGCUCACCAUCUCAUUGAAACAGGAAGACAUUGAGAAGCGGAGUGAGGACCCGGAGCUCGUAACCAAACUGCUGCAGUGGAAGGGUCUUUCGAAAGGUCAGAUCAGUGAAGUUCUGGAUGCUUUACCUGGCAGUCCACCCAAACCCAAGUCUAAACCCUUAUUUUUGCGUUUCUGCUGCUGCUGAUCUACAAGCAACUGCACAAACCUGACAUAUGUAAAUUUUGUAUAUGUAUUGAUAAAACACAUUCCGUUAAGACCAAGCCAAGUCUACUGUAAAUCUCCUUCAUUCAGGUGUGAAUUUUUCAGCAAAAAAAAAAAAGAAAAAAAAAAAGUCCUCUGUAAAAAUGCAAAAUUUCAAGGGACUGUUUCCUGCACCUUUGUAAGAGCUGAGCCAUGCAUUCCCAGGUUGUGUCUCGGGGUUGUUUUUGUUUUUGUCUGACUCAAUAUUCUUCAACUUGUGUGUGAUUCACUAUCAGUCUGUCUUAACUGCAGGUUCUUUAUUUAGGUAUCGGCAUUCUGUGUUUUGUUGUCUCUUUUGUUGCGGUGGGUUUUUCCACUCGCUCUGUUUUGUUCUUUUCUUUACAUGUUCUGCUUCAAAAUGUGUUUCAGAAAGGCCAACAAGCCUUUUAAUGUUAAUAGUUUACUUACUUUACUGUAGUUUACUAUUUCAUCACGUAUUACAUUUUGUUUGUGAUUAUUCAUAUGAAUUGAGGUACCAAGGAGUUUCUAGAAUAUUCAUGAGAAUUUAACAAUAAUAAGGUACAGGCAAACUCCUUCCUUUAAUGAUCACAUCUUUUCUUAAACUGUUUUAGAUAGCUUUUAUAUGCUACAUUUAUAUGUUAAUAUUUAUAAAAAUUUAUUUAUGAAAGAUAAUAAUUUUUCUUUUCUUUUAUUUUUUUAUUCUACCUGGUACUUGAAUUUCCUGAAUUUUCUUGCAAGUUCCUGUAAUAAGGCUCCUGCGAAACAAGACAGGGAAUAAGUCAACUGCUAAAUCAAAAUAUAGGCAUGGGAGUACUGUAUUGAAUUGUAAAUGUUUUUGUUUUGCAUUUCUAAUUUUCUUUGCCUCAGUUUCAUUAAAUGGAGGUACUGUUUUAAAGGAUAUUGUUUCCUUUUAUCAGGGAGGAAUUCUCUUGAACAAAUGUCAAUAAAAUGAAUUCAAAAUGA